CAGUGGGAUGUUUUCUCUGCUGCACUCUGGGCUGGUUUCUAUUCAAAUGUGGGUCAGGGGUGAGGAAGCCUAACGUCAUAAGCUUGCAACAUGGCGUCCCGAAGGCUGUGAGAUGAGCAAGAGGAUGGUAAAGAACGCUUGAGAACGAUCCUACCGAUGUAAUAAGCUUCAGGUGGUGCUCGUGUAGGAAGAGAGAGAGAAGGAAAGAAGGAAGGUGGAAAUGGAACUACCAAAUCAUGCCAAACAACUGCUGCUGCAACUAAACCAGCAGAGAGCCAAGGGCUUCCUGUGUGAUGUUAUCAUCGUGGUGGAGAAUGCACUCUUCCGUGCCCACAAGAACAUCCUGGCUGCAAGCAGCAUCUACUUCAAAUCUUUGGUCCUCCACGAUAACCUCAUUAACCUUGACACAGAGAUGGUUAACCCUUCUGUAUUUAGACAAGUUCUGGACUUCAUCUACACUGGGAAGCUCCUGUCCUCGUCAGACCAGAGCAGUGAGCGGAACUUCAGUGCCCUCUUAACCGCAGCCAGCUACCUCCAGCUCCAUGACCUCGCUGCUCUAUGCAGAAAGAAGCUCAAACGCAGUGGUGGAAAAGCCCUGCCAGGUAAACCCUCCACUCCAGGUCCCCUCAGCCGCUUACGCCUCAACAACCAGCGCCUUUCCACUUCUACCCCUGCUGGCCCCAAAAACCACUAUCCUCCGACCCCCUCUGAUGCCGACCAGCCACAGCCAGAUGAAGGCCUUCGGGACAAGCUCUCAGACGAUGAAAUGUUUGUUGGCAGCUCUGGGAGGAAUGGGAAUGGAGGGAAUGGCAGCAGUAAUGGUAACCUCAGCAGUGGAGGAAGUGCUGGGGAACCAGAUCUUGGACUAGACCUGUCCAAGAAGAGCCCUCCCUCUGUGGGCACAGCCACGGAUGCCCUCAGCCCACACAGCAACUCCCAAGAGUCCCCUCAAUCUGCCUCAGUAUCCACAACCAACAGUGCCUCACUGGAUGACUCCUCUACCACCCUACCAGGUGUGGACACCUGUGGCUCUGAAACCAUGGAGCUCAACUCCUCUUCUAAAGCCUCAGAGGAAACCCAAAACCAGCCUGAUGGCCCCCCGCCCCAGAAGAAAUCCCGGCAGGGUGCUCGCAAGAACGAAUGGCCCAAGAAAGAGGCGUCAGGGUUGAAGUCUGAAGAUCAUGACCGGUCCCUGGUUAAUGGGGUGAUUGUGGGGCCUAAAGAUGGCCGCUCCUCUGACCAGUCCUUCCAGUGCAAAGAUGAGGACGAAGGGGGAGAGAAUGGCCAGGACCACACUGAUGAGAGUGGGCAAAGUGACGGAGAGAGUGCAGGAGGUGGAGGAGGAACAGGAGGGGGACACCACAGCGCCAACUACGUGUACCGGCAGGAAGGUUUUGAGCCAGCAUUUGGAGACAACCUCUAUGUGUGCAUUCCCUGUGGUAAGGGUUUCCCCAGUUCUGAGCAGCUCAAUGCUCAUGUGGAGACACACAAUGAGGAUGAGCUCUACAUCAAAGAGGAGGGAGGGACCUUUGUGAAAGAGGAAGAUGAGGAGGAGGCAGAGGACCUCUCUGCCCCCGUGGGUCCCUCCAGCUUUGGCUCUGAAACGCGUCCGUUCAAGUGUACGGUCUGCAGUAAGAGCUACAAAGACCCGGCAACUCUGAGACAACAUGAAAAGAGCCAUUGGCUGACCAGGCCUUUCCCCUGCAACAUCUGUGGCAAAAUGUUCACCCAGAGGGGCACCAUGACACGCCACAUGCGCAGCCACCUUGGCCUCAAGCCGUUUGCAUGUGAAGAGUGUGGCAUGCGCUUCACACGCCAGUACCGUCUGACAGAGCACAUGCGUGUUCACUCUGGAGAGAAGCCGUAUGAAUGCCAGCUAUGCGGGGGGAAGUUUACCCAGCAGCGCAACCUCAUCAGUCACCUGAGAAUGCACACCUCACCCACUUAGAAAUGCAUCAAGCCAAAGAACUCUGGGAAUAGAAAAAAACAAACAUUUCUCUACCUUUCCAUCUCAACAGCAAAGAAACGCACAUGUACACCUUCACAUGCAGACACUCACAGUUCCUCAUACUAAUUCCAGUUUACGUUUAAGCGAAUGAUGUAGCUGUUGGCCACAGUGGGCUCUUGGUGACGGUGGGAACUUGUUGAUGCAAGGAUCAUGUCAUCAUUUAUAUCAAGCGACGUCUGCUCACCUCUCAGGAGUUCUAGAGGGACAAUUACUCCUGUCUCUCUCCAAAGUCACAAAGCCAUGGUAGAGUGGCAUGACUUCUGGUCUGCAUUGCAAGUCUGUAAAUUGUGAAUGUGGUACUAAUAUAACCUCACCGCAUACCCCUCA